AUGGCAUUCGAGACAAAAGCCACAAUCGCCUCCUUCGGGGGCACCCUGCUCAAGCUCUCGCACAAGUCCACCACCACCGGCACGCCCAUGAACCUCAACCUCUACCUGCCGCCCGCCGCCGUCAAGCAGAACAAGAAGGUGCCCGUGCUGAUCUGGCUGUCGGGCCUGACCUGCACGCCGGACAACUGCACCGAGAAGGGCUUCUUCCAGCACGGCGCCAGCCAGCACGGCAUCGCGGUGCUGUACCCUGACACGUCGCCGCGCGGGCUGGACCUGCCGGGCGAGAAGGACUCGUGGGACUUUGGCGAGGCGGCGUCCUUCUACAUCGACGCCACGCAGGCGCCCUUCGACAAGAACUACCGCAUGGAGACGUACCUGACCAAGGAGCUCCCCGACGCGCUCUUCGGCAGCGACGAGUUCGGCCCGCGCCUGGACGCGUCCCGCGUCUCCAUCGCCGGCCACUCGAUGGGCGGCCACGGCGCCCUGACGCUGUACCUCAAGAACCCGGGCAAGUACAGGUCCGUGUCGGCGUUCGCGCCCAUCGCGAACCCGACCGAGUGCCCCUGGGGCCAGAAGGCGUUCUCGGGCUACCUGGGCGCCGACAGCAAGGCCGAGUGGGCGAGGCACGACGCCACCGAGCUCGUCAAGAAGUGGGACGCCAAGGCCCCGCUCAACAUGCUCGUCGACGUCGGCACCGGCGACAACUUCUACAAGCAGAAGCAGCUGCUGCCCGAGAACCUCGAGAAGGCCGUCAAGGACGCCGGCCUCGGCGGCCUGACGCUGCGGUACCAGGACGGCUACGACCACUCGUACUUCUUCAUGGCGAGCUUCAGUGACGAGCACGUUGCUCAUGCGGCUAAGUUCUUGGGUGCGUAG